CUCAAUACACCAUCCAGCGAUAACCUCUGCAAAUGGCUAUUUUCGGAGUUUUCGACUGCUCUCGCAGUCAUCCUGACCGCUUUGUGCAACAUGAUAUUCCUUAGUAUCACCACUAUCGUGUGGUACCUCGCCCGCUUCACUACAACCACAAACACUCAGCAGCAACACCCACUCCUCAACCACGAAAUAGAAGCCGUAGAAACAAGUCCGUGGAAGCUCAACUUCUCUUCCGAAGCACCCCACUACUUCGCCUCGGUAUACGGCCUCCUCCAACAAUGGCCAAAUACGUUCUUUCCCAACGGCCACAGCAUCGUGCCAUGCGAGGUACCGGCAUUUACGAAGCUGUAUCACGGCAGGAUGGACGCUGAGCUACCUCCAAGCCCGGAAUGGUUCGCUUUUGAUAUAGGAAUGUCCUACGGGAUCAUGGGCGGAAGUCAGAACUCCCACAUGCUCACUUACCAAACAACUCGCCGCAUAAGAUGUAUCUACCUCGAUGGCGAAUCUGCGACUCUUUCCGGAACUGGGCAGUUGGAUACGCAGAUGCUGCAUAUAUGGGGGAACAUAUCUGGACCAGGGAAACAAGAUGGUGGAUUCAACCCCUUGUCGAGCGAAUAUGCUCGCGCGGUAGGACUGUGCAACUGGAUUAGGGAUACGGAGUUGGGUGGUUUGGGGUGGGGAUAUGAAGGGAUUGUGAGGAUGAAUGCGGGGUUUGAGAUGAUCUGGUGUAAUUUCAGCAGUCCAUCCGUACGGCUGGUAUCGCAUUUGAAUGUUUCUGCGCCGUUGCUACCGCCGCGGGAGAGGACGAAGAUCACAGAGGAACUCGAGUCUAGGGAUCUUGAGGAAAAGUCGAAAUUUCCACUACCUACAAGAACAACGCCCGCGAAGUCUACCUCGUCUCCGCCACCUUUCUACUUCGACUGGGAUCUAAAAAUGCGGGACCCUUUCCGACUAACCAGGAACUGGGGCUGGUAUACGAGCAGCACGUUACAUUACGGAUCUUCAGGCAACGGACCAGGUAUUGGAGAGUCUCGUGUUAAGCCGGACAUAUGUGGAUUCCUGAGUUACUACAAUCCUACUUUCGAGCGCCAAGGUAUUGCCAGAAGGUUAAAAGAGCAGAAAGUCCUCAAUCUUACAGCAGAAGGUUUCUGGGCUGGUCCUCGUCGGGGAAAGAGGUCUACGGCUUUGGAAGCUUUGACACGACGACGGAGACAGCAUGUACUGGAUAAUGUGACUUCUUCUGAAGCUGCGCUUCUGAGGACCAAUUCAGAACGUGUGAUGCGGGAUCGUUUACUUGGAAUUGAAAGCUGUAGCGGGGUCGAUUGGUUGGUUUUGACCAACAGUAUCGUGCAAACAUAUUCCCGUCCGUUACUCAAGCUUUCCAAAACUCUAGAGAAUUACGGAAAUCACACGAGUAAUAGCAGUCUGCUUCAGGAAUGGAUGAGCGAUGUCCACCAACAAACCCAUAUGUUUGUUAUGCCUUUCUUCGAAUAUCCGGAGGAUGCAGACGAGGAGACAUGGAAGCCGGGCUCGGAAUUGUUUGAGAAAACAUAUUCUUUGUGUCGAUUUCAGCAUACUCGUCUCCUCGACCCUGAAGAGGGGAUUGUUCUCGGUCCCGAAGAAACACUCUUGAAAUGGGCAGUCGAGGAGACAACGGGAGGAAUCUGCUCCGUCAUCAUCGAAAUCGGUCUAGCAGUUAAAGGACUCUGGCAAGCCAAAUUCAACCGAGCUCCCAUCUCAGAUACUGAAGCUCGUCUUGCGAAGUCAAUAAAAUCUGAGGUCCACCGCUGGACAAACGGCAUCCAGGAACUUAUGGCUUGGCUAGGCUGGGCAGGGGAAUGGAUCGGCUGUGAAGAGAAGUGCGCUUGGGAUGAGAGCUGUUUCAUUCCCAUGUGGCCGCUCCUAAAGGGCAGGGAUCGCUCAUUACGUCGACCACCUCCAGGAAACGGGACGAGAUAUGGAUAUCCUGGAGGAAGAUAUCCACCACCUCCUUACUACAGCCCUCCUGGAAACAGAACUGGUCGACCUGGUAAAGGGUCUAGUCGUUGGAUGCCGACUGAGGAAGAUCUUUGGGAGCCGAAAUGUGUGAAGUCGAACUACCUCUACUCGUGA